UGUUACCGAUUCUUCCUAAGUUCUUCCACCUGUCCGAUCUGGCUACUGAGACGAGUCGGGGCUGGUGAGUGAGUGAGUGAGUUGAGCCUCCAGCCUUCUCUGUGUUGAGAUGCUAUGUUAUCAGUGAGGACAGUUUGGCAUGUGUGAUUUUAACAGCAACUUGACACUCAUUCAUCUAUCUGUUCUUACAUCUUCAAAUUGUUUAGUUCUUAGCAUGAAGACUUGGAAAAUUCUCGCAACAAUAGAUCCUAUAUUUGCAUAUGCGAAUUACAUGAAUGUAUGUCUCUUAGAUGUCAACAAUUAUAAUUGGCAGAAAAUAAACUUAUUGACCAAUUGAAGUUGAUUUUGGGUCUUUAGUUAUGAAUUUUCUCUUAUGCAUGAUUAGACAUUUCUAACAAUGUAGACGACUCUCACUUAGAAUGUAGUAGGUUUCAGCACGAGUAGACAGUCAUAGAUAUGUAUGCAUUUGUGUGAAGCCAGGCAUGAUCUAUGCAUGCAGGUAGACAAGUAUAGCAAGUGUUCAUUCAAGGGCAGUUGCAACAUUUUUUUUUGCGCUUUUUUACAACAAUCUCUUUCAGUUUCUCAUUAUGGUGUCACUGCUUCUGUCAAUGCAUUACUUUUAUAUACAGAGUUACUUCCCCCUUAAUGUUGUAUUAAAUAUGCCCCUAUAUUCAGUUCAAUCUGACUUUGUCUAAGGUUGGCUACUAAAAUGUUCCUCAACAUUUGCUCGUCAACUAGAAUUAAUAAAGAAAUAUAUGUUGCCAAGUUCAUGACAGAUGUUGGCUUAUUGUGAUGUAUGUGGAGAGGUGUCUGAUAUCACAUGAUAUUCUGUAAGUUAAUUAUACAACACCAAGAGUGUGACGAUGAUCAGUGACAUGUAACAGGAUUUAUUACUGGGUCAAGUGACGAUGAUCAGUAACAUGUUAAAGGAUUUAUUACUGGGUCAAGCGACCAUGAUCAGUGAUAUGUUACAGGAUUUAUUACUGGGUCAAGUGACAAUGAUCAGUGACAUGUUACAGGAUUUAUUACUGGGUCAAGUGACGAUGAUCAGUGACAUGUAACAGGAUUUAUUACUGGGUCAAGUGACGAUGAUCAGUGAUAUGUUACAGGAUUUAUUACUGGGUCAAGUGACGAUGAUCAGUAACAUGUUAAAGGAUUUAUUACUGGGUCAAGCGACCAUGAUCAGUGAUAUGUUACAGGAUUUAUUACUGGGUCAAGUGACGAUGAUCAGUGACAUGUUACAGGAUUUAUUACUGGGUCAAGUGACGAUGAUCAGUGAUAUGUUACAGGAUUUAUUACUGGGUCAAGUGACCAUGAUCAGUGACAUGUUACAGGAUUUAUUACUGGGUCAAGUGACUUAAAAUGAAAGGACAGUUGUGUGGUCAGUUUUGUUUACUGUUUGGGUCUAAAUGUUAAGUUAAAUCAGCAGAUAACAUAGGAUCUAGUUAAAGUUGCUCAUCAGAGGCAGGUGAUACACAGUUAUUCCCCAGCCCCUAGCCUCACCUUCAUGUAAACGUGCAAAGAAAUGGCAGCCCGCCCCAAUCCCCCCUCGCCCCUACACAGUAUCAUAUCACACAAACAUGAAAGGGGGUUCCUCCACUCCUGUGUUGCUUUCCUUGUUGACUGUUUGUACAUUGUCACCUGGGCGUGGCCAUCACACCAAUAUGUAGACACCUUGUGUCCAUCACACCAAUAUGUAGACACCUCGUGUCCAUCACACCAAUAUGUAGACACCUCGUGUCCAUCACACCAAUAUGUAGACACCUCGUGUCCAUCACACCAAUAUGUAGACACCUCGUGUCCAUCACACCAAUAUGUAGACACCUCGUGUCCAUCACACCAAUAUGUAGACACCUCAUGUAAAUACUCAUGCCUCUCAAGGACACUUCACAAGCACAUCCUAUGUCUAUACCUCAUGGCUCUCAAAGACAACUCACAAGCACAUCUUAUGUCUAUACCUCAUGGCUCUCAAAGACACCUCACAAGCACAUCUUAUGUCUAUACCUCAUGGCUCUCAAAGACACCUCACAAGCACAUCUUAUGUUUAUACCUCAUGGCUCUCAAAGACAACUCACAAGCACAUCUUAUGUUUAUACCUCAUGGCUCUCAAAGACACCUCACAAGCACAUCUUAUGUCUAUACCUCAUGGCUCUCAAAGACACCUCACAAGCACAUCUUAUGUUUAUACCUCAUGGCUCUCAAAGACAACUCACAAGCACAUCUUAUGUCUAUACCUCAUGGCUCUCAAAGACAUCUCACAAGCACAUCUUAUGUCUAUACCUCAUGGCUCUCAAAGACAUCUCACAAGCACAUCUUAUGUCUAUACCUCAUGGCUCUCAAAGACAUCUCACAAGCACAUCUUAUGUCUAUACCUCAUGGCUCUCAAAGACACCUCACAAGCACAUCUUAUGUUUAUACCUCAUGGCUCUCAAAGACAACUCACAAGCACAUCUUAUGUCUAUACCUCAUGGCUCUCAAAGACAUCUCACAAGCACAUCUUAUGUCUAUACCUCAUGGCUCUCAAAGACAUCUCACAAGCACAUCUUAUGUCUAUACCUCAUGGCUCUCAAAGACAUCUCACAAGCACAUCUUAUGUCUAUACCUCAUGGCUCUCAAAGACAUCUCACAAGCACAUCUUAUGUCUAUACCUCAUGGCUCUCAAAGACAUCUCACAAGCACAUCUUAUGUCUAUACCUCAUGGCUCUCAAAGACAUCUCACAAGCACAUCUUAUGUCUAUACCUCAUGGCUCUCAAAGACACCUCACAAGCACAUCUUAUGUCUAUACCUCAUGGCUCUCAAAGACAUCUCACAAGCACAUCUUAUGUCUAUACCUCAUGGCUCUCAAAGACAACUCACAAGCACAUCUUAUGUCUAUACCUCAUGGCUCUCAAAGACAUCUCACAAGCACAUCUUAUGUCUAUACCUGCUGCACACUCUCACUAGGCUCACCUGUAAGUGUUUCUUUUUGUAGCUAAGUGAACACAAGCAAACACACACAAACAAUGAAUGAGCUAUUCUUGAAGAUGUAUUUGCAAAUUCAAGAAAUAGGCAAACUCUAAGCACACACAGUUGGCACGCUACACCGCGAUUUGUGAUUCAGUGCAGGGCUCUGUGAUUCAGUGCAGUGAUUCAAUGCAGGGCUCUGUGAUUCAGUGCAGGGUUCCCAGUGAUUCAGUGCAGGGUUCCCAGUGAUUCAGUGCAGGGUUCCCAGUGAUUCAGUGCAAGGCUCUGUGAUUCAGUGCCGGGCCCUGUGAUUCAGUGCAGGGCUCUGUGAUUCAGUGCAGGGUUCCCAGUGAUUCAGUGCAGGGUUCCCAGUGAUUCAGUGCAGGGCUCUGUGAUUCAGUGCAGGGUUCCCAGUGAUUCAGUGCAGGGUUCCCAGUGAUUCAGUGCAUGGUUCGCAGUGAUUCAGUGCAGGGUUUGCACUGAUUGCAGUGAUUCAGUCCAGGGCUCUGUGAUUCAGUGCAGGGUUCCCAGUGAUUCAGUGCAUGGUUCGCAGUGACUCAGUGCAGGGUUUGCACUGAUUGCAGUGAUUCAGUCCAGGGCUCUGUGAUUCAGUGCAGGGUUCACAGUGAUUCAGUGCAGGGUUCACAGUGAUUCAGUGCAGGGUUCCCAGUGAUUCAGUGCAUGGUUUGCAGUGAUUCAGUGCAGGGUUUGCGUCAGGAGAGGGGCUGCCUUAAUUGACUGACUUCAGAUGAUGACUGAGAUGAUAUUUCAACAUAAACAAACUUGUUGAAAAAGGCAAAGAGUGACUGAUGUUUGUAGUGUGUUUGGAAGGAACAGAUUGCCGCUGCAGGGCCAGGGACCAUGGCAACACAGAAACCUCAUAAUCCUCGUAAAUAAUAUACCUUGGAAUUCACUUUGUGCUUAAACAUAAGUCAUUGAAAGAAAGAUUGAAUCAGCUUGGCUGUGUACUGACUGUGUGUGCUGUGUGAUCAGUUCACACACUAUCUGUGGCCGACACUGAAGGAGGUGGAAGUUGUACAGACCCUGACAAUAACUGCGGCAGGUUCUCUCAAGGCAGUUCUCACAAAAGUAGCUGGUCUGGACUUUGACGCGUUCUUGUCGUCCCUGUGCAGGUUUUGUGUGAGAUUUUCUAUGCCGAUAUAGUGCAAGAUUCUCUAUGCCAGUUUUGUGUAAGAUUCUCUAUGCCGGUUUUGUUUAAGAUUCUCUUUGCAGAUUUUAUGUAAGAUUCUCUAUGCCAAUAUUGUGCAAGAUUCUCUAUGCAGAUUCUGUGCCAGAUUCUCUAUGCAGAUUUUGUGUAAGAUUAUAGGUGCCAAUAUUGUGUAAGAUUCUCAAUGCAGGUUUUGUGUAAGAUUCUCUAUGCAGGUUUUGUGUAAGAUUCUCUGUGCGGAUAUUGUGUAAGAUUCUCUGUGCCGAUAUUGUGUAAGAUUCUCUGUGCCGAUAUUGUGUAAGAUUCUCUAUGCAGGUUUUGUGUAAGAUUCUCUAUGCAGGUUCUGUGUAAGAUUCUCUAUGCAGGUUUUGUGUAAGAUUCUCUGUGCCGAUAUUGUGUAAGAUUCUCUGUGCUGAUAUUGUGUAAGAUUCUCUAUGCAGAUUUUGUGUAAGAUUCUCCAUACAGAUAUUGUGUAAGAUGAUCUAUGUGUUAGAUUCUCUAUGUUUAAGAUUCUCCAUGCAGAUAUUGUGUAAGAUUCUCCAUGCAGAUAUUGUGUAAGAUUCUCUAUUCAGGUUCUGUGUAAGAUUCUCUAUGCAGGUUUUGUGUAAGAUUCUCUAUGCAGAUUCUGUGUAAGAUUCUCCAUACAGAUAUUGUGUAAGAUGAUCUAUGUGUUAGAUUCUCUAUGUUUAAGAUUCUCCAUGCAGAUAUUGUGUAAGAUUCUCCAUGCAGAUAUUGUGUAAGAUUCUCUAUGCAGGUUCUGUGUAAGAUUCUCUAUGCAGGUUUUGUGUAAGAUUCUCUAUGCAGAUUCUGUGUAAGAUUCUCUGUGUGGAUAUUGUGUAAGAUUCUCUGUGCGGAUAUUGUGUAAGAUUCUCUGUGCCGAUAUUGUGUAAGAUUCUCUGUGCCGAUAUUGUGUAAGAUUCUCUGUGCCCAUAUUGUGUAAGAUUCUCUGUGUGGAUAUUGUGUAAGAUUCUCUGUGCUGAUAUUAUGUAAGAUUCUUGUGCUGAUAUUGUGUAAGAUUCUUCAUGGCACUGUUUUCCACAAGUAACAUCCAGCAGAAAUUUACAGUCAAAGAUGUAUCCCUGCCUACAGCAUGUAAUAAGCAUGUAAUGUGUGGUAUUUCUACAAUCAGGAUUAGAAUGUAUCAAUAUUUAUCAAGUGGGGUUACAUGGUAGAUUCCUCCUCUCCUGUGACAGUGUUUAUUGCUCAGUAAACAACACCAGGAUAUUAUGACCAGUUGUCUUAUGGCUCCUCCACUCCUGUGACAGUGUUUAUUGCUCAGUAAACAACACCAGGAUAUUAUGACCAGUUGUCUUAUGGCUCCUCCUCUCCUGUGACAGUGUUUAUUGCUCAGUAAACAACACCAGGAAAUUAUGACCAGUUGUCUCCUGGCUCCUCCUCUCCUGUGACAGUGUUUAUUUCUCAGUAAACAACACCAGGAUAUUAUGACCAGUUGUCUUAUGGCUCCUCCUCUCCUGUGACAGUGUUUAUUGCUCAGUAAACAACACCAGGGUAUUAUGACCAGUUGUCUCCUGGCUCCUCCUCUCCUGUGACAGUGUUUAUUGCUCAGUAAACAACACCAGGGUAUUAUGACCAGUUGUCUCCUGGCUCCUCCUCUCCUGUGACAGUGUUUAUUGCUCAGUAAACAACACCAGGGUAUUAUGACCAGUUGUCUCCUGGCUCCUCCUCUCCUGUGACAGUGUUUAUUGCUCAGUAAACAACACCAGGAUGUUAUGAACAGUUGUCUUAUGGCUCCUCCUCUCCUGUGACAGUGUUUAUUGCUCAGUAAACAACACCAGGAAAUUAUGACCAGUAGUCUCCUGGCUCCUCCUCUCCUGUGACAGUGUUUAUUGGUCAGUAAACAACACCAGGGUAUUAUGACCAGUUGUCUCCUGGUGUGCCAGCUCUGCUGGUCCUCCUGAGGUCUGUCCUCACUAGACCGCGAUCUGCCCCCAGGUCGGCCAGUAUCGAUUUCCAGCAGUCAAUGGAAUACUCCAUAAUUGUGGAUGUGGUGUUAAAUCUUAUAACCCACUCCGGCAGCACCAAGCAGGGUAUGGUCUGUUUCAACAUUCCUCCACUAGGCUGCUGCUUGUAUUCUCCAACAGAAGUCAGUCACUCACAUGCUGCAGUCCUUGUGUCAUGCUGGUUGCCAGUGUUCAUAGUAACAGUUCAGUCAAGUAUAACUAUGAUAGCUGAGAACAUGUUUGAGAUUGUAAAAGGCUGGGGAGGUGCUACUUUGUUGCUGGCAGUGCUGCUAUAUUGCUGGUAGCGCUGCUAUGUUGCUGGCAGUGCCACUAUGUUGCUGGUACUGCAACUAUGUUGCUGGUACUGCUGCUAUGUUGCUGGCAGUGCCACUAUGUUGCUAAUAGUGAUACUAUGUUGCUGGUAGUGCUGCUAUAUUGCUGGUAGUGCCACUAUGUUGCUGGUAGUGCCACUAUGUUGCUGGUGCUUCCACUAUGUUACUGGUAUUGCUGCUAUGUUGCUGGUAGUACUGCUACUAUGUUGCUGGCAGUGCUACUAUGUUGCUGGU